CAGUUUGCUCCUCUCCCGGUCGCCGGUCCGGUUUCCACAGAGAAGUGCAGCGGUCCGUCCACUUUCACCGUGUCCGUGCCCGUCACACCGCCUCUCCCUGUGGCAGGUCACAAACAUGGCGAACGUGGUGCUGGAGUUCAAGGCUUCGGCCGGAGACUCGGAGCCGCAGAGCCGCCCGGUCCUCAUCGUCGGGCAGCAGAACAACCUGCAGCAGAUCAACUGGAGCCAACUGAAGGGGAAGCUCCAGCCGGUCGUUAGCAAAGAGAUCUGGCAGGCAGCUCUCAAUGCUUUGAACCCAAACCCAACAGACAGCUGCCCCCUGUACCUUAACCAUGCUGCGGUGGCUGCCCUCCCUUCGCGGGUCAGCAGACAUAACAGCCCAUCUUCUGCCUACUUUCUGUCCCGUCUGGUCCGUUCCUGCAUGCCUGGAGGGAACACUCGCUGCAUCGUGAUGGUUUGCGAGCGUUCAGAUGUGUUUGCAUCUUCUUGUGCCAUCGCUCGGGCCUUCCCCAUCUUCUCUCGUCGCUCCUCAUCCUCACGCAGGGCUGAGAAAAAGCAUGUCACUGUGGAGUUUGUGAUUGUUGGACAAGAGAGCAGUCCCCUGGGUGUCGCAGAACUUGAGUGUCUCUCCAAUGCUGCUGAUGGAGUGCGCCUGGCAGCUCGCAUUGUGGACGCACCAUGCAAUGAGAUGAAUACAGAUCACUUCUUGGAUGAAAUAAAGGCUGUGGGAACUGAACUUGGAAUCACUCCAGUUAUCAUCCGUGGAGAGGAAUUGAAACUAAAAGGGUUCGGAGGUAUCUAUGGAGUUGGAAAGGCAGCGGAGCAUCCUCCUGCAUUAGCAGUCCUGAGCCACACACCAGAUGGUGCGACCCAGACCAUUGCAUGGGUGGGGAAGGGCAUCGUGUAUGACACCGGUGGACUCAGCAUCAAGGGAAAGACCACAAUGCCAGGAAUGAAGAGAGACUGUGGUGGAGCUGCUGCUAUUUUAGGAGCUUUUAGAGCUACUAUUAAACAGGGCUUUAAGGAUAACCUCCAUGCAGUGUUUUGCCUUGCAGAGAACUCAGUUGGCCCCACAGCCACACGACCUGAUGAUAUCCACACUCUCUACUCUGGAAAGACAGUGGAGAUCAACAACACUGAUGCAGAGGGCAGGCUGGUGCUGGCUGAUGGGGUGGUGUAUGCCAGCAAAGACCUGUCAGCUGAUAUUAUUCUGGAUAUGGCUACUCUGACGGGGGCACAGGGGAUCUCCACAGGUAAGCACCAUGCAGCUGUGAUGACAAACAGCGAGCAAUGGGAGGUUGCGUGUGUGCGUGCAGGACGCAGCAGCGGAGAUCUCGCUCACCCUCUGGUUUACUGCCCCGAGCUGCACUUCAGCGAGUUCACCUCUGCCAUGGCUGACAUGAAGAACUCAGUGGCAGAUCGUGAGAACGCACAGAGUUCCUGUGCCGGCCUCUUUAUUGGCUCCCACUUGGGCUUUGAUUGGUCCGGCGUCUGGGUCCAUGUUGACAUCGCCUCUCCUGUUCACGCUGGGGAGCGUGCCACAGGAUUCGGCGUCGCUCUGCUCAUGGCCCUCUUCGGUCAGGCAUCAGAUGACUCCAUACUGAACCACAUCUCUCCUCUGGGCGCAGCCACCAACAUGUCUGAAGACCCGAUGGAGCGUGACUGCAAAAGACGAAGACUGGUGUAGAACACACCAAACGGUUCACUCCCUGAAACCCAAAUGUUCGAAUCAAAUGCUCCUCCAGUUACAGAAAAUAAACAUUUAAAACUGA